AUGUCUGGACGCGGCGGCGGACGCAACCCACGAGGCGGCCGUGGUGGAAGAGGUGGCAGAGGCGGAGAUCGUGGUCGCGGUCGUGGUGGUUUCAACCAAGGCAGGCACGAUGGCAGCACCAAGGCCUCCAAGCCCACAAGGGCCAAAGAGACGGAUGAGCAGAGAGCGGCACGAAAGUCCUAUAGCUCAUGGAAGCGCCGCCUCGGUGAGGCAGAAACUGAUCCAACGACCAUGCGACGCCUCUGGGAGGGUGCUUUUGGCAUACUCGAAGCUGGAGACCGAGACUGGCGACAGCAGCUCCCCCAAGACCUCAACGAUGAUUCGGACGAUGAGAGUGGUCAUCGUCACAUCCUCGCCCUUCUGAACUCAAAGGUUGUCGGUUCGGACUACGACACCUUCCUCAACAACGCCCGCCAUUUCCUACUUACGCUCACGCAUUCCUCACUCCUUCGAUGUCUCGCGGUCGAUACACACGUCGGCUCCAUCUACAACCUCUUCGGUGGUGUCGGUGGGCGGACUGCAGUCUCAUAUCUCCAGCGGGUUUGCAAGGCUCUUGUGGCAGCUCGAACAUCCUCGAUAUCUGCCAAGGACUACGAAGCGACGCUUCAUGCGAUUGCGAAGGCUCUCUUCGAGCUAUUGAGACGUGAGCGCAGAGCUCGGUUCAACGAUGAGAUCACACCGCUGGUGGACUCCAUCCAGGCUGUGAGCGACCUCUACAAGGACGUAGUAUCGCCAGAUACCUCAACACGGACAAGUAAUCGUCUCGAUGAUAUUCGAGCCCUUGUAGCUAGAGCUCACGGCCUCCUCGCCGAAUCCACUGGUGAAAAUGGGGUUGGAGACGACAACGAUGUUGACGGCCCCGCGUCGUUCUACCCGAGAGACCUUGUAGUGCCCUCAGGCCGGUUCGACAACGACAAAAAGGACAUUGGCGACAUGUUAAUCUUCCCGACCCGAGAUGAGAUCAUGAGCGAUGCGAAGGAGUUCCUGCCCUAUACUGAUCCUGACCAGCCACACUUCCUUGAGGAUCGUGUGCAACGCCACAUCGAUACCUACUUCCGCCUCCUGCGCCACGAUAUCUUUGGUGAGCUGAAGGGGUCAUUGGCUGGAAUCAUGCACGCGCUAUCUCAAGACUCCAACAUGCUGCUCCACCCCAAUCUCAAUCUAGGCGAUAUGCGCGCCAAUCAUUACACCAACGCUCGCGUCAGCUACGUUACUCUCGACAAGCGAAUGGGGUUGCAAGCUCAGAUGGAAUUUCUGCAGCCUGCGAUAGUCCGCAAGAGGAAUAUUAGUCAAAAGGUGAGUUGGUGGGAGGAGUCAAGGCGAUUCGACGAAGGAUCGCUUCUGUCCUUCAUAUGGAUCCAGGACACUGUCGUCCAACACAUCUUCCUUACUGUCUCAUUCAAGGACACCGAUCCGACAAAGGAGUAUAGCUUGACGCACCACAAUCAACUGGCCUACAUGACGGCGAGCCUGGUAACUCAAGAUCGAGCAACGGUCAAGAUGCUCAUGCAAGCCAACAUCGGAGCAGCACGCGGCAUCCUGCUAGAGUUCCCAAAGGUCAUGCCAGCGACCUUUUCACCCACUUUGGAGAGCCUACAGGCGAUGCAGCGACUGAAUCGUCUACCGUUUCAGCAGUGGAUCGUCCCGGACAAACACAGUAACCGUCCAUCGACGACUAGGACUCAUGGAAUCCCUCCGCCUCUAUACGCACGUACGCCUGGCUUCAAGUUCCCCGUCACUGCUCUCCUGAAAGAUGGCAACAAAGACGACUCUUUCUCUAUCGAACCAGCAUCAUCAUGUGACGACCAGGCGUUACUUGACAAGCUGGAGGCCAGAACACAACUUGACCGUGGACAGUGUCGCGCGCUCAUCGCUGCGCUAACCCGAGAGUUCGCCUUCAUCCAAGGACCUCCAGGGACGGGAAAAAGCUUUCUGGGCCUCCAAAUUAUGCGGAUACUGCUGGGGAUCAAGGAGAAAAGCGAUCUUGGUCCUAUACUCAUCGUAUGCUAUACUAACCACGCCUUGGAUCAGUUCCUCGAACACCUAAUCGAUAUCGGCGUCCACAAGCUCAUUCGGGUCGGCGGCAUGAGCAAGUCCAAAAAGCUUCUCAAUCACAACCUGCGCACCGUCGGCGAAUCGGAGUCGAAGACCAAGUCCGAGAAGUAUAUGGCAGCGAUGAACUAUCAGGAUCUAGAUCAGAAUGAGAAGGAGGCCAAGAUGCUCUUUGGUGGUCUUCAUGGCUUGUCGAAGCGUCCGGACUGGCAUAAGCUCAAAGGUCAUAUCCACGAAGAAUAUCCGAAGAUCUACAAUCAGUUCCGUUCUGUCGAUGACGAAGGCUUCAAGACAGCCGGUCGCCAUCCAUUCGAUGUAUGGAUAGCCGGCACUGAGGCAUAUGGCCAACCCUCAUUACCUCAAAGCUCAUUACAGCAAAUAAUCCAGCGGGCGACUGCAAGUGUAUUCUCUCUGUCAAUGCUUGAGAGGAGCGCGCUUGUCGCCUCCUGGGUCUCGCAAGCUCAAGGAAAUAAGGUCGGCGAGCUCUUCGAAAUCGUCAAUAGUGCAGCCAAGACUCAACGCCAAUUGAGCAAUAUCCACGAGGAGUUGAACCGACGACUGCUAGAGGAGGCUGACGUCAUUGGGGUUACCACGUCCGGCUUGGCGAAGCGUAUCUCCGUUCUCCAGCAGGUGAAGUGUAAGGUGAUCAUCUGCGAGGAAGCCGGUGAGGUCAUGGAGAGUCACAUGAUCUCGGCGAUGCUUCCCGAUGUUGAGCAUCUCAUCCAGAUCGGUGAUCACGAGCAGCUUCGACCCUCUGUCAGCAACUUCCGCGACUUGUCGCUCGAGAGCGAGCGAGGAAAGCUUCACGCGCUCGAUAGGAGUCAGUUCGAGCGACUCUCGAUCGGUGAGCCCGGGCGGCCCCUGAUGCCUGUUGCUCAACUGAAUGUACAGCGUCGAAUGCGCCCGCAAAUUUCUUCGCUGAUUCGCGAAACCAUCUACGAUAAGCUCAAGGACCAUCCGUCUACCAUCGAGCUGCCGGAUGUUGUUGGUAUGCGCCGCAAUGUCUUCUGGCUCGACCACACCAACUUCGAAAACGAGAAGGGUGCAGAUACACAUGAUACGAAGUCCAAGUCCAAUUUGUGGGAAGUCAAGAUGGUGCAUGCCAUGGUCCGGCAUAUCGUUCGGCAGGGUGUGUACAAGCCCGAUGAUAUCGCAGUCUUGACCCCAUACACUGGCCAGCUUCAGAAACUCCGCGCCACGAUGAGUAGCGAUUUUGAGAUCUGCCUCAGUGAUCGCGAUCGAGAAGCGCUUGAGAGGGACGGCUUCGCAGUUGGAGACAACGAUACAUCGAAGACCUCGGUACCCGCUCACGAGAGUUAUCAGGGUAAGCCGCUAGAAAAGAAGCAGCUGUCGGAACUACUGAGAGUUGCUACGGUCGACAACUUUCAAGGAGAAGAAGCCAAGAUCAUCAUUGUCUCUCUUGUGCGGAGUAACGACCGCCAAAACGUUGGCUUUCUCAAGACGACAAACCGAAUCAACGUCUUGCUGAGUCGCGCUCAACAUGUCGAUUACUGUCAGGAAUGUGGCAUGAAGCCAGACGAGCAGCCAGACAUGAUCAUGAUGUCUCGUUAUGCUGAUGUCGAUCUGAAUGAAUCCCCCAUCGUCGUUCUCGGUUGCGGUCAUUUCUUCACCACUGAAACUUUGGACGGACUAGUCAGCCUCAAAGACGUGUAUAGCGUCGAUGCGAAGAAGGGCGCCUUUACCGGACUGAUUGAAGACGCCGAGCUUUCCGCAUCAAUUCCACGAUGCCCUAAUUGUCGAGAGCCUGUCAAGCAGUAUGUUACCCAGCGCUACAACCGGCUCAUCAACCGAGCUGUCAUCGAUGAGAUGUCCAAGCGCUUCAUCGUCAAUGGUCAACAAGACUUGCAGCAACUAGAAGGCCAGCUCAUGGAAAUCAGGAAGGACCUCGAAAAGUCGCGCAUGUCGGUUGUUCCCGAUAAGCCAGUCCAGCUCCGCGGUCAGGAAGCUCACGAGUUCACCAUGCAGUCCAUCAACGACGAAAUUAAUAAUCGCGCAAAGGAUACUAUCCAGCUACUGAACGCAGUCAAGGCGUUUCAGCGUAGGAUGGAUAUCCGACACCAACCAACGUACAAGCUGCACCAGGCGACCGUGCAUAGUAUGGCGCGAAGUGAACCACUGGAUGUUGAGCUCGCAAGGUUGACAAUCGACUCUUCCGAAAAGUCUGCCAAACGCGAUCGCGAUCAACGCAUUACCCUCGGCGGCGGCCUGCUCGAAAUCAAGGUACGCUGCUUAGUGCUAGAGGAGAACUUCGAGAUCAUGCGUAAUGUGGAUCAGAAGCAUUUCCAGAGUACCUUGCCUCUCAAAUUUCCCAGUGGUUCACCCCUCGCUAAGGCGGAUCAAUUCCUCAAAGACACGAAGAGGCUCAUUGAUGACUGCAUACGUGAGAGUUUGCCUAAACUUGCGGUUGAGGCUACACUGCACUACGCUCGAAUCGCCCAGAUCUUUGGUAGUGCUCAGUCUGGUGAGAACAACGAUCGGUCGAAGGCUAUGAACUAUCGCAACACCGCCAAAGAUCUGUUGACGAAGGCGGACAAACUUUGCGAGAGUUCCUUCAGUGGACGGGACAACUUGCGACAAGCUGUCGUCGCCGCAUCGAAGAUGCUCAGCAAGGACUUCUACGAGGCAGUGUCCAAGGAAGAACUGGAAUCUAUCAAGAAGGCCAUGGUUAGUGGACGUGGCGGUAUCGCGACUCACUCUGGGCAUUGGUACAAGUGUGUGAACGGCCAUCCAUUCGCCAUUGGAGAAUGCGGUAUGCCCAUGCAGCAAGCGCGCUGUCCGGAAUGCGGUCAGCCCGUCGGUGGCCAGAACCAUACUGCCGUCGCUGGAGUAUCACGCGCCAGGGAGAUGGAGGAUUGA